CUCCCCUGUCGCUCUUCACACAUGGCUGUGUUCUCGAAAGCGGCCUUUGGCUGCUGCUACGUGGUGGCCGUCCUCGUCGUCUUCUCGCUGCUCUUCUUCCCGCUGGCCUGGUUCUGGCCACAGUGGAAUCUAGAUCAUGAAGGGCAUGACGAUUGUGUGGUUUCUGAACCAAUUAUUGAUGACUACACUCUUCAGUUCAAAGUCACCCUCACCGUCGAUGGCAUCACGUACUACAACGUUACUGCAGGUUGGGAUCUCGAAGACCGGCCCAUGGGCGCAUGGUCGUGCAGGUCCGUCUCGGACAAUCUUGGCGAAAAGUUCCAGAAGCACAUGCAAGUCGGCGAUCGGUUGACGUGUUGGACCAAAAAGGGCGCCAUCAAGGCUGGGACCACACAGGCGUCGGACAUCCGGGUUCUUGUCUGGCCCGAGCUCGUCCGCAACUGUUGGAUCCGCUACGCCAUGGCGUCCUGGGUCGUCUCGUCGGUCAUGAUUCUUGGCGGCCUGCUGCUCCUCACCAUCAAGCUCUGCGAGAUUUCCGACCGCCCGGCAUCCGACGCGUACCAAGACCUAACCCAGUGCUGCGUCGUCUUUGGCCGCUCGCAGAUGCUCAUCUGGAUUGCUAUUGCUUUUGCCAUCUUUCUCGGCUGCUACUUUGGAGUCGUCUUUCCACGCAUUGCCGACAAGGCCACGUGCCGGGUCAAUGACAAGGGCCGCCGUAUCGAGUGUUUCAUGUGCUGGAAUGCCAAGGACGGCCACCGUGGCCCCCAGGCGACCAUCAACUGGUGCUCAAAGACCUCGAUGUGCAAGGCCUCGCUCCUCGGUGACGGCUCGCUCUACCGCGCCUGGGUCGCCGUCGACUACGCCAUCGAAGGCAAGCUCUACUCGGCCAUUGCCGACUGGGACGUCCGCGGCUCGCUCGAGUCGCUCAAAUCAAAGCUCUUCGCCAAGGGCAAGAAGGAGAAGGUUGAGCCGUUCCUCAACGGCAUUACUGUCGGCUCGGAGAUCGACUGCUGGGUCACCCGCUACUCGAACCGCGUCUACCUUCGCGACCCGUCCAAGCAAGGCUCAUAUGUUGCCGCCCUUGUCUGCGGCAUCAUUUUCUUUAUCGUCGCCAUGGGCAUUGCCAUGUGCUUCUGCCUUGGCGACCACAUGUACCCUUGGCUGUGACACUCAACUGCGCGCCUCAAUUGAACACCACACCACGCCCA